CCGCCCCGGACCUGUGAUGACUACUGGAGUGAAUUCAGACACUGCAAAAGCCUGUGGAACCGUUUCCAUAACUACUAUGCCCAUGGCACAUCCCCCUCCUGCGGGCAGUGGAAAGAAGACUACUACUCAUGUAGAGAGUGGGAGAAGAACCCAGGCCCAGAGACCAAGGUACAGUUUAGCACUCAAUCAUCACUUCUGCUGCGAGGGGAAAUGGCCUAAGCAGCGUUGGAACAGCAAUACUGUAUUUACAGGGAAACUGCCAUCAAGGUCCAGAAAUGUUGGCUACAGUUUGCUUCUGUACAGGGUACAUUUGUAAUAUGACUCAAUUGUGAAAGAUCAACCAACCAACUCGGUCUGUUGUCUCUCUCUUAUCCUGUCCCUACUACAGGAUGCUUUACAGCAGAGUGAGAGGAACCGGGAGGCGGAGCAGAGGAAGUUCACCCCUGUGUGGGACCUGAGACGAGAUCCGCCCAGAGAUUGGCACAUGCCCCUGCACCAGGGCAAGCCCCCAGAUUCCCAGUCCUAA